AUGGGAGCCUUGAACAACGCGGCAGGCUCUCCCAUCAACUGCCUUAGCUCCGUUACGGAAUUCUGGCUACCACAAAUCUCGCCAGCGAAGCCGGAGGCAGAAACUUGGACAAAUACACCCACCCGGGGCAUCGAAAGAGACUUUGAGUGCCAAGACGACCCGGACAAGCCAGAAGACCGCAAGGGUCUGGUAUUCGAUGGGCUUUUUAUCACGCACAGGGACAAGGACCACGACAGAGCCGUCAAGUGGUACCUCCUGCAAGAUAUGAUGAGGGUGAGCAGCCGGAACUUCAGGACGCUUAGUCGCGGGCGCUACGAUAAAGAUGAUGAGCCAGAGUCGUACUUCCAUGUGCCGACUUGGAAGGAUCCCACAACCUGGAACAAGGCCGACGAGAAGAACUGCUUGACUAGCAUUGUUGGUAAAGCGAAGCUAGGAGAACCUGAAGAUGUAAUGUUUCAGAUCAAGGUGGAGGCAGACAAGUGGCACCCAAAGGCCGAAGCUUUCAUGAUGCGAGUGGGCACAGAAAGGCUGAGUGGACGCGACCUCCUUGCCAAGGAAGACACAGCUGUUUCCCCUAAUGAUCGAUAUGGAUGUGAGAGCCUUGAAAAGCUUAUCGAAAUGGCAAAGCCUACCUAA